UUUUGUUUAAUCGUUAUGCUUGACUUUGGGGUGUUCUAAAAUUGGUGGUGAUAAUGCUUGUUAGUGCUUCAGUCUUUUCUUGAUUUUCGUUUAAAGAUUUGAGCCUUUCCUACGAAUAUCGUUUGAUCUUCCGCAUCAUUCAGAUCAGAGAUGAAGAUUGGUACUAGUUUAUGUUUCUGAAUUUCAUAAUGAAUUGAUUUGAUGAUCACUUGGAUGGAUGUGUGUCUCAGUCUCAGAGAGAGAGAGAGAGCUGUGAUGGAUCCAGCACAUAACACAAGCGCAGCAGAGAUUGGUGGGAGCAAUGGUAAUGCAACUGUGUCUGACGAUUCAAAGGAGAGCCUGGACCAAGUCAUCAACUCUAUUAACAAGAGUUUGGUCGUCCUUCACCAGUUACACCUUUCCCUCUCUUCUUCUUUGACUCCCUCUUCUCAGCUUCAUCUCCUCCCCCGCCUAAACUCUCUUGUAUCAGAGCUGAAUAGCAUCUCUAAGUUGUCUGAGAAAUGCAAUAUUCAAAUCCCCAUGGAGGUUCUUAGCUUGAUUGAUGAUGGGAAGAACCCUGACGAGUUUGCAAGGGAUGUUCUCAAUAGCUGUGUUGCCAGAAAUCAAGCUACAAAGGGCAAGACUGACGCUUUCAAGGAAUUGAGAAAACAUAUACUGGAGGAGCUUGAAGAGACAUUUCCUGAUGAAGUUGACAAGUAUAGAGAAAUCCGUGCUACUUCUGCUGCUGAAGCCAAACGUCUGGCCCAAUCGCAAACUGUGUUACCAAAUGGGGAUGCCAAGGUCAAGAGCGAGCUAUAAUAAGAGCCCAAUCUUGCCCUGUAGAAUAAAACGAACAAGACCGUUGCAAUUUCUAUACUAUCUAUUUCUUUGUUUCAAGUCUUUUCUCACCUGCAACUUCAUCUAUAUGUAAAUCUACCCUCCAAAAAAUGCAAUUACUUGUCCUUAUCAAUGUCCGUGGAGAGUCUUAACCAAUCAAACAACAUAAUCAGGAAGCGUAGAAGAAUAAUGCUAGAGACAGAAGAGGUUGGCAUCUCAGUUGUUGAAACUCUGCGUCAGCAAAGCCAAACUUUCCUUCACGCUCACACCAAGGUACAAUGAAAAGGAAUUUACAAUUUAAGUUUCUCCUGUUUGGUUUUCUUCUCUAAUCAUUAGACCAUUGAGAAAAACUAAACUUGUUGAUCUGUUGGUUCGGUGAUUGUAGCUCGUAUUCUUGCCAUCAUCUUGAUAAUCUCUUGCAAACUUUCACAUUAAUAUACUGAAAACAUAAAAAUCAUCGAGAAUAUGUGUAUAUAUGAUCGUUGUUUAGAGUGGUUAUACUUGCACAAAAAAAAAGUGGAAAUACUUUUAAACAAUCAUUAGAUCUUCCAAAGACUGUACAUAUGCUGUAGUAGCCAAACGUUAUGAAACUAAGCCACCUUGCACUUCCUCUCUGGACCAAUCAUCUUGCCAUGACCACGAGACCCACUGGCACCUCAUUACAUGAAACCCUAACGGACUUGGACGAGGACGACCCAAAUCUCCAUUUUAUGAACGUAUCCAGCUUCACAUCGAACUCUUCAAAAGAGUAAGGGGGCAACUCUUUGCGGAGUUCUCUGGCUGUAGUUAUAGGUGCGAGAUAGAGAGUGAAAUUAUUGGCUUCGUCUCACUUGCUCUUUGAAAGAAGGCCGGGAACAUGGUCGUGGCCAGACGGCGUUUUCCGUGGUACAUUGAGCAGUAAACGUCGCCGUAUGAGAAAUCAGUCAACAAGUUAGCGUUCAAAACUUGAAACUGCAUAUCCACGUAGCCGGAGAUAUGGUAUGAGGUGAAGUUAAGCCUGCUCACGCUGAGGGAGACGAGAGUGAUGUGUGGUAACUCCGGAGGGCUGAAGAAGAUCACGAUGAAUACAGCUGCGAGAAUCAGUCCGAGCACGAAACAAACUGCCAUUUCUUUGGCCAUAAAUUUUUGGCUAGAAACAAGAAGUGAAGCCACUUAAUUGUCUACCUUUGAAGAGAGAUAAAUACACUAGAUAGAGAAACCCUCAUCGUCUUCUUACAAGGAACAUAGCAUAUAUAGAGGAAAGAGGUUGUAGCGUAAGAAACUGACAGUAAAACCAACAGAGCUGCCGAUUAAGGAUAACAAAUAAAUAACUCGCAUGUGAAUAAGGGGACCCACCUCUGCAUGUCAAAUGGUAAAUGAAGAUACUUAUUAAUACAUCUCACAGAUGUUAGGUGGGAUUAUAAAAGUUGCAUUACCAUUUAAGACUGGAUGUUACAUGGAAUUAGAAAGCUACUUGUAUAUAUGAUCUACAGACAUAGGAAAGCUAACCUGUUCAGAGGCUAUGGCUGAGUUAAGGUUUAAAAUUUAAAUAGCAGAGGCUAUCAAAACAAGUAAGGAUUGAACGGUUAUAAUAUCGUAAGAUAAACAAACACUAAU